UAAUGUACCUAACAACACCCUAAAGAUAUCCAUUAUUCAAAGGUGUCCCCAGUUCUCCAGUUAUGCCUCGCCCAUUCUACUAGGCAUCCUCACCUACAAUGAGUUUCGUAAAACCUUUCGCUUAGUAAAAUACUUAUCGUCCUCAUCCAUCUAUGCCUUCAAGCUAAAGAGGUCCUAUUCCAAAUCAAAAUCCAUAUCAAAGAGCAUAAACUCCUCAAGCAUUAAUCACAGGAAAAACUGUACCCUCAAAUCCUCCUCCUCAAAGAGUACAAGGAAGUUUACCCAAUAAUAUAUUUACAAAAGGAUAGAAUCCAUAAACAUUAAUUCCAAAUAAACCCUAUACUAGAACAAUGCCUUAACCUAAUAAUAAACCACAAAGUGCAAUACCAGUAUUUUAUUGCAAUAAUUGAUUAGGCUAAUCAAUAAUAAAUGAUAUAAUCUUUAAGCAAAGAAAAUUAAGACUUAAAAAAGAAAUUAGCUGAAAAAGAUGUUGAAUUAUAAAAAUUGAAGACUAAGGAAGAAGCUUUGGAAUAGAAAUUUAAAGAAUUAUAAGAUUAAUAAAAGAGUUGAA